GUAGUCGAUAGAAGGUGUCGCUUGUAACGCUAACUGUCGCCAUUUAUAUUUAGUGUUUGGCAAAAUGUUAAUAUAGGAUUAAGUAAUCAUUUCAAAUACAUGAGCUAGUCUUCUGUUAUAUACCUACGACGUUUAGGAAAUACAUAUCUUCUGUAUUGUCAGUCGUAUUGUUUUUAGGAACGAGACUAGUUGCUCCUGCUCUAGCUAGCUAGCGGGUUAGCUAUCUCCUGAGACGUGACUAGCUAAUUAGCUAGAUACAUUACCAGCUUCCGUCAGCCCGUUGUUUGGAUUACUCCGCAAUUUGUCGCGACUAUAUUUUGCGGUUUCUGUCAUAUUAUAAGUAAGCAUGCUUCUCUGACUUGUUUUUAAUUUAGGCUUUUGAACUAGGUUAUUAAACAUUACACCAGUGCUGUUAAAUAGCUAGCUAUAGCACGCCCCCUUCACUACUUCGAAUUCUGGUGCCUAGCUGGGUAACCUUCGCUAUCUUAGCUAGCGUUUUUCCGCCUGUAAACUCAAGCUAAAACAGUUGUCAGGCUAAAUACCUGUUUUUUUUCUGAAUGAUUAUUUGUAUAACCAACUGGUUAUUUGUAUAGCUAAAUAGUCUGUAUAGAUUAAAAAACUUUGUUUCCAGUCUCCUGACUUGCAAGUCAUUCUUUUCCCCUUCUGGAUGUAGAUAGUAACGUUUGUAUUUGGAUAGCUAGGUUAGCUAGCUAACGUUACAGAUUUUCCGGUUAAACUGGCGACACCGAGCGUUUUUGGCUAAAGAGGAAACCGCCUCUCACCCUUGUGGUGUGAGCGAGCCGGACUUAAUUUUAACCGGAGGUUGUGGACAGAGCGGUCAGUUAUCCAUCAGUGAUGUCUGAAGGAGAGGGAAAGCAGACCUCUGCUCCUGUUCCAACAUCCACCAUGGAAGUAAAGCCUGAAACGGCAGCCUCUGCUUCGACUGGCCAGGGGGUCUCAUCGAUGUCUCCCCCAGUGUCUGCAGUAACUCAGGUCCCACCCGCUGCUGCUGCAGCAACAGAGGAUGAGGAGGAGGAGAGUGAAGACGAGUCAGAGAUUUUGGAAGAGAGCCCAUGUGGACGCUGGCAGAAACGCAGAGAGGAGGUAAACCAGCGUAAUGUUCCAGGAAUUGAUAAUGCUUAUCUAGCCAUGGACACAGAGGAGGGUGUGGAGGUUGUGUGGAAUGAGGUCAUGUUCUCUGAGAGGAAAAAUUUCAAACUGCAGGAGGAGAAAGUGAAAGCAGUCUUUGAUAACUUGAUUCAGCUGGAGCAUUUGAAUAUUGUCAAGUUUCACAAGUACUGGGCUGAUGUGAAAGAGAACAGAGCCAGGGUUAUUUUUAUAACGGAGUACAUGUCCUCAGGGAGUCUGAAGCAGUUUCUGAAAAAGACAAAGAAAAAUCAUAAGACUAUGAAUGAAAAGGCAUGGAAGCGUUGGUGUACUCAGAUAUUAUCUGCUCUAAGUUACCUGCACUCAUGUGAGCCCCCAAUCAUCCAUGGGAACCUGACCUGUGACACUAUCUUCAUACAGCACAACGGCCUGAUUAAAAUCGGCUCAGUUGCUCCUGACACCAUUAAUAACCAUGUUAAAACCUGUCGGGAGGAGCAGAAGAGUUUGCAUUUCUUUGCACCAGAAUAUGGGGCUGUUGCCAAUGUCACCACAGCCGUAGACAUUUAUUCUUUUGGAAUGUGUGCCUUGGAGAUGGCUGUGCUGGAAAUACAAAGCAAUGGUGAAUCGUCCUAUGUGUCACAAGAAGCCAUUAACAGUGCCAUCCAGUCCUUGGAAGAUCCACUGCAGCGGGAGUUUAUACAGAAAUGUCUGGAGGUGGAUCCAAGUAGGAGGCCAACAGCCAGAGAACUGCUAUUCCAUCCUGCUCUGUUCGAGGUGCCUCAGCUUAAGCUACUGGCGGCCCACUGUAUUGUCAGCCAUCAACACAUGAUCCCUGAGAAUGCUUUAGAGGAAAUCACCAAGAACAUGGACCCUAAUCUGGUGAUCAUGGAGAGGAAGGCAGUGCAGCUGAAACUCUCCCAGUUUCCUGCUCUGGAACUCGACAAGUUCCUUGAAGAUGUGAGGAAUGGGAUCUAUCCGCUGACAGCGUUUGGCAUGCCCUGUCCCCAGCAGCCCCAGCAAGAAGCAGUGAAGUCCCCCAUUGUGCCGCCCUCUGUCAAAACGCCCACGCCAGAACCUGCAGAGCUCGAGACCAGGAAGGUGCUGCAAAUGCAGUGCAACAUAGAGCCUGUGGAGGAAGGGGCAAAACAUCACUUGACCUUGCUGCUGAAGCUGGAAGAUAAACUCAACAGACACUUGAGUUGUGAUUUGGCACCAAAUGAGAACGUGCAGGAUCUUGCUGUGGAGCUGGUGCAGCUUGGUUUCAUCAGUGAGGGUGAUCAAACGCGUCUUGCCACCGUGCUGGAGGAGGCCUUCUCCAAGUUCUACAGUCGGAAUGGCUCUCUGAACCCUGUCACAGUUUCCUCAUAGCAGAGGGCAGAUUUGGUACCUCUGUUCUCCACCACUUCUCACGCACGGGACACAACUCUUCCGCUUGAUUGCUUUGAGGUCUGGAUGAGCGCUUUGCGGCGAUGGGUCCGGAGGCCUUUGACUUGCGCUCAGAUGGUGAUUUCCUGCGCUCAGUUCUUCACGCACGCCGUUGUGGGGGGCUGAAGGAUUGCCGGAUGUUUGUACAUUUAUUCUCUCAGCGUAGCCGUCAGCUUCUCUGUUUUAAAAGAAGAAAAACAAGGUUGUAUUCAAUUCAGUAUUACAAGUUUUUCUUUUUCUUUUUUAUUUGUGGUAUGUGUGUGAUGGGUUCUUUAUUUUUCUUUCUUUUAAUUAUUGGAACAGCCCACUUUAUUCUUUAUUGGAGCACCUUGUGUGUCAUCACGUCCAGAUUGAACAGGUCUCUUGUCCUACUUUAGCCCAUUGUUUAUGGCUUUAUCAAGUUCUCAUGAUGCCGCACAUUAACUGGCUGUCAUUGUCCUGCCAUUUUAAGGUGCACUAGUUAUCAUUUUUCAGAAUGUUAAAUGAGCGUCAUUAAGCAGGCUCUUUGUCACCAAUGCUUCUGUUCCUGUAAUGGCUCUUCAUAAGUCCUGCCACAGACUUGUACAAAUGGUACGAAUGUGUGUAUUCUGUUACAAGUUCUACAAGUGCUACAUGUGCAUUGAUUCACAAGAAAACAUCAUUUAUCUCUAACCUUGGUCAGAGAAAAUCCUUUUUUUUGUCAUUAUCAACAGUAGCAGGCUCUUCAGAAAAUACAAAGGAAAGUCUUAAUUAGAGCAUCUUUAAGGUAAACAUAAACUGUGGUUAAAUAUUUGACCUGCAAUGCAAAAUUCACUUAACGACAAUACUGUGAAAGGGUGGGGCUGUCAGUGUUGGGUGGGGUAAAAUGCACAUUAUUUAUCUACAUUGUAUACAUAAGGACUAUCUGAAAGUGUGUUUCACUCUCGGCAUUGUGGCAACUAUUUGUGAAUGUAUGCUCUUGUUUGCUGUAUUCAUCUUAAUGGUGCGUAGGGAAAGGGCACUUGGUUUGACCAUUUUCCACCCCAUCUAUAUGACUCCUACAGAAGACAAAUAGAGUUUCGGUAGAUUUACUAAUCUGCAUCAUAUGUAUAAUUUUGUUAAUAUGUGCCUUCUAAUGAUGAAGAAAAGACACAAUUGGCCCAUGUUUAGAUUACAUUUCAUUUGUCCCUUUUUUGAAUCUGCUGAUUAGAUAUGCAGUUUCUGUUUGUUACAUGACACACUCUUUAGACAUGUUAAAAAUAACUGAAGUUACUAUAUCUUUUAAAGAUGUUCUUGAAUGCAGAAAGUGCUUUUGCCUGAAUUCGGUCAAAGUGAGUCUGUUUUUAGCAGAUUCACACUAGUGUUUGAGGAUGGUUGGGAUGGAAUCUAAUGAAUUCGUAACUGCAAGUGUCAUGGAUAAAAAGAAAUGUUUCACUGCUGUGGUUGGUAAUUUGUAGAAGGAAAAAAAGGUCUUCAGCUAGGUCAUUGAUUAUUUAACGUGUACAGCUUUGCUAGUUUAAAUUCUUCAAAACUAAUUUCUUAUUCCCCUCCAUAUACACUUUAUAAUUAAAAUACUUCCCAUUUAUUGUGGUGGGCUUUGGAACAACAGAUGUAUAUUAAUUAAAUCCACUUCUAUACCAGCUUCUUUGCACCAACUCAAGCUUGUUCCAAUUGAAUUAUGAGAAUCAUAUGUGACUCAAUUUUUGAGGUUUGUAGCAGAAUCAUAAACUAUUUGGCAUAAGCUGAGUUUAUUUUGUAUAAAAAGCUACUGUGACAGUAUCUUGUUUGAUUUGUUUUGCUCUCAAAUUCAGAUAUUCAGAUUGGGAAAGUUUCUUGGUCUCAAUUGGCCAAAUCAACCAGUCGGUCAGAGGUAACGCUAUUUUGGCAGCAGUGAAUGCUGUGCAUUUUCAUCCAGUAUGUAAUUGUUGGAAAUGAUCAACUUAAUAUAUACAGCAAUCAAGGUGUCACCUAAAUGAAGUUUAGCUCAACUGGAAUAACAAUUGCCUAAAUUUUCAUAUGUAAAAAGUGUAAACUGGGUCUGUUUGGUUACACUAGGGUUGCAAAGCAGGUUGCAGAGAUGGUAGUUCUCCAGGAGCAGGGAGCCUCUGCAGUUAACAAUGAAAUCUUUACAAUUCAACAUGUAUCGCACUCAUAAAAAUUGCUUCUGUAGUCCAGAAGCACACCACAUUUUAAUAGCCACCAAUCUGACUACUUGAGAUGGUAUGGCAUUGAUGUAGAACCAAACAGCGGAAGGUUGUAGUUAAAUCUCCAGCUUUGUCAGUGUGACUGUGAUGGACACUUUUGGUCUCAAAGCAAUCAUCUUUGUUCAUUUCUCCCCCACACACAACAGAACAGUAACUUGUAACUGCUUUGACAACACAGUUCCUAUUCUGUAUCUUUUUAAAGGUUACACCAGUUCUUGAUAUAAAGAUGACACUUGGAGCAUU